CCCGUUCCCGCACCCGAGGCUGGAGCUCAGUGGCGGAGGUAGCCGUGCCGCCGUGAGCUGACCGACCCGACCUAAAGGUGGGGGGCGGGGGCUCAUUGCCCACGGUGGGGCCUGUGCACCUCUCUCACCCUCUGGACGCUCCCUGUUUGGCCCCCACAGUUAACAGUCGCGGGGCUGACCGCGGCCCGCAGACGGGGAGCGAGAGUGGGUGGAGGGAGAGGCGCGCGCCUGGAUCGAGCGUGGCGUCGCGAGGGAGGGGUGCGCCCACCACAGCCCCGCCGGGCACCGAACACUCCUGCGCCGCAGGCCAGGACCCUUGGCAAGACUUCAGGCUGUGGCCCAUGGGCCUCUGAGGAGGCAUAAGUCUGCCCAGCUUCCUGCUUGCUGUGUUCCCACUCAAUGGGAAGGGAACCAAGGCCUUGUCUAGCCAUCAGCCACGGGCUCCCUACAGCAUCAGGAUGGAAGUCAAAGGUCAGCUGAUCAGCUCUCCUACCUUCAAUACCCCAGCUGCUCUGUUUGGAGAGGCUGCCCCCCAGGUGAAGUCAGAGCGUCUUCGGGGGCUGCUUGACCGGCAGCGGACCCUGCAGGAGGCGCUGAGCCUAAAACUUCAGGAACUCCGAAAAGUUUGUCUCCAGGAGGCGGAGCUCACUGGCCAGUUGCCUCCAGAGUGCCCACUGGAGCCUGGUGAACGUCCCCAGUUGGUCCGCCGGCGGCCCCCUGCAGCCCGUGCCUACCCUCCACCACACUCUAACCCAGGACAUCACUCCUUGUGCCCUGCUGAGGAGUUGGCUCUUGAGGCCCUGGAGCGAGAGGUGUCAGUGCAGCAGCAGAUUGCUGCAGCUGCUCGUCGCUUGGCCUUGGCUCCUGAGCUGAGUGCUGAGCAGCGCCGGCGCCGGCGCCAGGUGCAGGCAGAUGCACUGCGGAGGCUACAUGAGUUGGAGGAGCAGCUUGGAGAUGUCCAGGCCCGCCUCGGCCUCCCAGUGAUCCCACCCCAGCCACUGCCACUGUCCUCGGGGGCACUCAUCACCACCCAGGGGGUCUGCCUAGGCACGCGCCUCACUCAACUCAGCCAAGACGAUGUAGCCUUGCACUCGGAAAGCAGCUCCCUCUCAGAAUCUGGGGCCAGCCAUGAUAAUGAGGAGACCCGUGGCUGCUUCUCUCUGGCAGAGCGCCCCUCACCACCCAAGGCCUGGGACCAACUGCGGACAGUAUCUGGGGGGAGCCCUGAGAGGCGAACCCCAUGGAAACCACCCCCAGCAGAUCUUUAUGGGGAUCUGAAGAGCCGACGGAACUCUGUGGCCAGCCCAACCAGCCCCACCCGCUCGCUGCCCAGGAGUGCCUCCAGUUUUGAGGGGCGAAGUGUGCCUGCCACCCCUGUUCUCACCCGGGGCGCUGGCCCCCAGCUGUGCAAACCCGAAGGCCUCCAUUCUCGCCAGUGGUCCGGCAGUCAGGACUCCCAGAUGGGCUUCCCCCGGGCAGACCCUGCCUCCGAUCGCGCCUCCCUCUUCGCAGCUCGCACCCGCCGCAGCAACAGCUCUGAGGCCCUGCUGGUGGACCGGGCAGCUAGUGGGGGAGCUGGCUCCCCACCUGCCCCUCUGGCUCCCCCUGCCACUGGCCCCCCAGUCUGCAAAAGCAGUGAGGUGCUGUAUGAGCGCCCCCAACCACCUCCUGCCUUCUCCUCCCGCACAGCUGGCCUUCCAGACCCUCCCCGGGCUACCCGGCCAAGUUCAGCAGCCCCUGUCUCCCGUGGGGCCUCCAGGCUCCCACCUGUGUGUGGGGACUUCCUCGUGGACUAUUCUUUGGACCGGGGCCUGCCUCGAGGUGCUGGUGGGGCAGGUUGGGGGGAACUGCUGCCUGCAGCUGAGGCCCCAGGACCCCUUUCCCGUCGGGAUGGGCUCCUCACCAUGCUCCCUGGCCCACCACCCAUGUAUGCAGGUGACAGCAGCAGCCCCCUCCUCCGCAGCAAGGACCCCCACCCCCGUACUACCCGUACUAAGCCCUGUGGCCUGCCCUUGGAAGCUGCUGAGGGCCCAGAGGUGCAUGCAAACUCUCUGCUGUGGAUGCCCCCACCCACCCGUAUACCCCCAGCUGGUGAGCGCAGCGGCCACAAGAACCUAGCCUUGGAAGGGCUGCGGGACUGGUACAUCCGGAACUCAGGACUGGCCAUGGGGCCCCAGCGCCGGCCUGUGCUGCCACAUGUGGGCCCACCACACCCACCCUUCCUCCAUGCCCGCUGCUAUGAGGUGGGCCAGGCGCUCUAUGGGGCCCCCAGCCAGGCACCACUCCCGCACUCAAGGAGUUUCACAGCACCCCCUGUCUCCGGCAGAUACUACGCGGACUUCCUGUACCCCCUGGAGCUGAGCGCUCGCUUAAGUGACCUGACGCUAGAGGGGGAGCAGUCUUCCAGUUCUGACCCCCAAACCCCAGGGACACUGGUUUGACUUUCUGCUAUGCCCCAUGUUGGCCUGAGCAUGACUCCAGCUUGAGCGCACAGGUGACCUUGCUGAGCUCUGGGAUGUGGUUGUUCUCAGUCCUGUGGGGCACCAACCUGAUAUUCCAAGGCCCUGGCUCCCCAUGGGCCCAGGAGGUUUCUGAUACCCUGCUUCUCCUCUCAUACUGUACUGGGGACUGGGGGCUUCAGUCACCUUCACAGAGGAGAGGAUAAUGUCAUGGGGACUCCAAGCCCCUUCCUACAUUUCUGUUUACAGUUGUGACUUAGUAUUCACUGUCUUUACCCAACACUAGGCAUUUUAUAAAAGGAAAACUGUGAGUUUGUUCUGGUUGGGUUCAUUCCUGUCCCCAUGCCCAACCUGUUCCAUUUAGGAACACCGCCCCCAAAGAAAUGAAUCAUGCAGGGUCUUGGGGCCCUGUUUAGAACUACCAGGAGACUGGUUUGAACAGAACUCCUUGCUGUCCCCUACUAGAGGAGUUCUUGUGCAGGUAGGCUUUCUGCCCACCUUUGGAUGAAGUCUGGAUGGGAAACCUGAAGGAGCCCCUGUCCCUCUCUCAGCCUGUGUGCCCACCAUCCCAUCAGGAGGCCCCACAGGAGGUUGACAAAGGGUAGAGCCAUCAGGUGUGUUGCAUCCCGAGAUGCUGUGGUGGUUGCACCUAGUAUCUGGUAGAUGCCAGUAAAAUCCUCAGGUGACGUCUGGCCAUGACCACGUCACAUCCUCCUUGGCUUUCCUUACAUUCACCACUUUUUAAACAAAUCUAUACAAACUGUUUUCUAUACCUAUCUGUGACUUUAUGGAGCCGGGGGGUUCCCCUACCCCCUUUAAUCUGGUGUUAAACUUGUUUUUGUACCAGUGGAUCUGGGCCCAAUACACUACCCACACUGGAAGGGGAUUUCUAUAAUAAAUGUGUAAACUGAA